AUGGGUUGUUGCUCUUCAAAGGAGAGAGAAACAAAUGAAAAAGAGCUAAAAUCUCCAACGAUGGAAUUCUUAAGGCCAGAAAUCGAAGAUAAAAUAGAAUUAAAAUCAGCUCCUAUAAAUAAGAGAAGCCUAACUAUGACAAAACUGCCACCACGCAGACGCUCAAAAGGUUUAUCAUCAACUGAUAGAAAGCCUAAGGGCCUUAAAAUGCAAAAAGCUCAAUCAGCAAAUCCAAGCCCACAAAAUACUUUUAGGGACUCAAGUAAAGAGUAUUUUAAAAAAUUCUUAAAAACUCCUUUAAGAGAGCAUUUCUCAACUAUCAAAAAACGGUUUCUCGAUUCUAACGAUAGUAUUUCCUUAGUUAAUGAUAAAAGAACUGGUGUGAAAAAGAUCAUCAAAGAAAUUAAAAAGUCAGCCAUAUUUGAAGGAGUAUAUGAUAAAUUUAUUGAGGAAAUUCAAAAAUUUCAAAGCCUUGUAAAAUUAAUUUAGGACCACCCAAAUGUUGUUAAAGUUUAUGAUGUCUAUGAAUUAGGAGACAGUUUUUUUUUGGUUUAUGAAUUCCUAUAUGGACCCAGUCUAGCUGAUAAAGUAAAUAGCGAAAGCAUUGGAUACUCUCUAGCGAGUACAAUAAUGCGAGGCAUUUUAAGCGGCUUAAAUUAUUGCCACGAUAAUGAUAUUCCUCACUUGGGGAUAGAUUUUAGGAAAAUUAAUAUAAAUUUUAUAAACACCAAAGAAGGAAACAUUAUUAAGGCUUUACUUAUCCUUGAGAAAUAA